AUGGGUGACUUCCCGGCACCGCCAGUCUUCUACCAACAGUACACAGAUGAAGCCGUUGAAAAUGGCACGGCGCCCGCGCCGCCUGCACCUCCCGGGCCACAGUUCCUUCUCUACGGCCAACCCGUGAAUCUGGAGACCAUGAUGUUGCCUGCUCUCAAGGACAGUGGAUUGCCGGUCAUGGCUGACUUGGAACACUCAACUCAUGCACAGGAAAUCAAACGGCUGAAUAAGGAGGGGCUCAAGGCUUUUCUUGAGGUGUUGGACCAUGCAACAGCCGGUGCUAUUGAUCAGAGGAAUGCGGCGUUGGAGCGGCUACGCGUCAUCUUCUUCAACAUCCAUCACCUCGUCAACGAAUUCCGCCCUCACCAGGCCAUGGAAACCGUGAAGGUGAUGCUGAUGGAGCAGAUUCAACAGCGCGAGUCUUUGGCUGCUGAGAUUCAACGACACAUUGAUCAUGCCGAUGGCAUCCUGGGUUCAGACCAACAACAACAACAACAACAACAACAACAACAACAACAACAACAACAACAACAACAACAACAACAACAACAACAAGCGUCUUGA